CCCAGAAGGGAAGGUAUUUCUUAGUUAUAUAUUUUUUUGUUUCUAUAGAAGUCAUUAUCUUUAUGUACGCGAAAAAGUGAUUUGUUUUGACAAAAAUGAGUAAAAAGUUAUACAACGUUGAAAAAAAUGGAGAAGAAUUGCAGGAAGUUACAUACGUGGGUCUUGAAACUGAAUGGGUACAUUCGUUGAAAGUUGACGAUGAAGUUCGAAGAACUGAUACUCCUUUUUUAUAUUUAACUGUUUUUAUGAUACAAAUCCCAAUACUGCUAAGUGGAGCACAUACGGUAUGGACUUCGCCAAUUAUACCUACCAUAAUCUCAAAUGACGCUACAAUAAAUCCUUUAAGUCAACCAGCGGCAACCGUGGACAUAUCGAUGAUAGCAGGAAUACCACAUCUAGCUGCACUUGCAGGAACCCUUACACUGCCGAAGCUCUCUGACGUUCUGGGACGAAAAAGAUUUUUACAACUUAUGACAUUGAAUGUUUUAUUGGGAUCAAUAUUGCUAACGUUUAGCACCUCUGUGACUAUGAUCAUUAUCUCUAAAUGUAUCAUUGGCAUAUUUUUAAGUGGUUCAUUUGCAAUUGUGCCAAUUUAUAUUACAGAACUCUGUGAAGAUCAUAACAGAGCAAAAUUCGGUUGUUUUCUAGGUCUCUUUCACCAAAUUGGUCAUUUUUAUAGCUUCAUAAUAGGUCCCUUGUUUAGUUAUAAGGUAUUCAAUCUUUUUAUAACAUUCCUUACUGUUCCAUUUUUAUUAUUUUUUAUAUUUUUCCCGGAAAGUCCGGUUUAUUUGUUUUCCAAAGGUAGAAAAGAUGAAUGCAGGACUGCCUUAAACAGACUAAGAAGUAAUAAAACUACUAAUGAAAUUAAUAGAGAUAUCGAGAUUUUAGAGGCAAACGUCAAAUCAAAACAAAACACUAAGAGGAACGUUACUAUAUUUACCCUAUUUAAAACCAAAGAAACUAGAAUAGGGCUACUGCUGGCAAUUUUACCCCUUGCAGUACAGCAUCUUUCAGGGGUUGCAGUAAUUAUGAGUUUCCUAGCUCCAUUUUUUAAUUCAGCUGGUACCAGCGUCUCUGGGCAUAAGGUAGCUGUGAUUGUUUCUAUAGUAAAAAUUUCUUCGUUUAUAUUUACUUCAAGUGUAGUAGAAAGAGUAGGACGAAAAAGAAUGUUAUUAUUUUCUAGUGUUGGAACAGGAAUACCAUUGUUUUUCUUAGGCUGCUUCUUCUAUUUAAAACACGUAAAUUCUCCAUUAAUUCACCAAUUCCAGUGGUUACCAAUCGUGCUUAUGCUAUCAUAUGUUUUAAUGAAUUCAAUGGGAUUAGGUCCCAUACCUAUGGCAAUAAUGCAUGAGAUCUUUACUCCAGAAAACCGAGCAGCUGCUGGGAGUUUUAUCAUGACUGUAGUCGGUCUAAUAGUACUUUCUUUAACGUCCAGCUAUCCUAUAGUUGCUGCUACCAUCGGAACCCAUUGGGCAGUGUGGUUAUUUAGCUUCAGUUGUUUUGUAGGGUCUAUCUUAAUUUAUAAAUUUUUACCAGAAACAAAAGGUAAGAGUUUAAAAGAAAUUCAAGAGAUUUUACAUAAUUUUUAAGUCUGUACAAAUUCUCAGUAAACAUUUUAUAUUA